AUUAUUAGAGAAGAAACAAUCAACGAAAAGCAAGCAACUUAUAUGUCUGACUUAAUCGGUCAAUGUUACCCAGAAGCAGAGUCAUUAGUCAUGAUCUUCGAGUCAGGAAAUUUGAUCCUUUACAACUCUUUCAAGUUUGAAAAAUUCAACACCCUAAACAUUCUAAGUGAUUACACAACAUACAAAGCAAUUCCGAAGUUUCAAAAAGCCCCAAUAAAAGGAGUGCUCGUAAUAUCAUCAACAACUGACUCACUAAAAGCAGUAAUCGUCGAAUCAAAGUGGCACAGCCAGAGGCAAUUUUUUGUCAUCACAGACAACGGGAAGAAAAGCUGUACGAACGCAAAACGUUAUCUAACAAGAGCUUGGAGACAUGACGUCCUAAAUUGUAUUUUCUUGUGUUUUCAUCAAGGUGACAGAUACAUUUACACAUUAAACCCAUUUAUUCCGUACGCCCCAGGACCAUGGCAAGUAAAUCAUAAAGAUGAAUUUGAAUCUUUGACAUUUUUCAGUCAAAAAUUUACAAGCGGGUUCUUGAUUAAAUUAGCCGCGGAUAAUUUUCCGCCUUACGUAUCAUACUCGAUAGUAAACAACACAAUCACCAACAUAAGCGGGUACGAUUAUUCAAUAAAUAAAAUAAUAUGGACAAAAUUAAACGUUACUUACCAAGUUUACGACAAGUACAACGGGACUGAAGUUUCUUCUCCAUUUCUGAUAAAAAAUCCUGCAAAGAAGAUAUCGUUAAUCGACAAAGUACUGGAAAAUAAAACAGACUUCCUAAUGAACUCACUGUUCAUCCGCGAGCCGGGCCUGGAAGUUGACUUCGGGCACUUUCUCCUGCAGACGGGAAUCACAGCGGUAACUCCUCACCGCGGGUAUCUCAGCAGCACCCAGAAACUCUUCUCAUUUCUUCCUCUGAGCAUCGCAAUCCUCUUUUUGCUCACCAGCAUUUUCGGAUUCACCGUUCUGAAGUAUAUAAUAAAAGACCCUUACUCGCACAAUUCCAUCGACAUACUUCGGGUGUACUUGAGCUCACCUCUGCCUACCUUGCCGACAACCGGCCGAGGAAGACUUUUCUUCGGCAGCAUCCUCAUCGUCUUCAUGAUAAUCAACGCAGUGGUCCAGGGAAAUUUAGCGAAGAUCUUCACCGCUGAAAAAAGCCUCCGUAAUCUUGAGACUCUUUCCGAAAUGAAGAAAUUGAACAUGACUGUGUUUACCACCCUCUGGAUCGAGGAAGUUCUGAGAAAGAAUAAUCAUACUAAUGUUCAGGUUGUCAACAAAUCAAUGGAUUGUACUUCGCUGAAAACUAACGAGGCUUACGUCGAGGAAGAGUUGUACCUCGGCUACACUGCGCUUGUUGGAUAUGCCCACUGCCAUAUGCCCAAAAAAACUCUGAUUCCAGGGCUGUUUCAUUCGUACUACGCGCGCGGCAAUUGGCCAAUUUUUCCCAGGGUUAAAAGAUUGUUAUUAACGCUCUUUGAAAGUGGGAUCAAUAAUUGCUUUAUUGAAAAAGUAAUCUUUAAACCUAGGCCUCGUGACCCUACUCAAUAUCGCCCUUUGACUAUGGAUGACAUGGGUUUUAUUUUUAAAGUCAUUGUCAUUGGGUUAUUAUUAGCAACAUUUGUUUUCUUGUUCGAAGUUUGGAUAUCUCCACCUACAAAUAAUCAU